UAAUUUCCAACUACCCCUUCUCUCUCUCUCCAUCAUCGUCUACCUUAAUUUCACACACGCACAAAUUGACUCUCUUUCUCUCUCUGCAAAAAUUCCUGUCCUUAACCCUAACCCUGAAAUUCCUCCACCCAUGGAUCGCGUCACAUGGCGAACCCAAGUCCUCUCGAAUCAUCUCAACCAACCUUCUAUGUCCUCGCCUCUCUCCCCCAACCCAUGCGUCGGCUUUUCUCCUCCUGAGCUCUCCGAGCCCUUUGAAUUCGAUACCAAGGAGAUGCGUAAGCUCCUGGACGCCCACAAUCUUGAGGACCGGGACUGGCUCUUCGGGCUGAUGAAGCAGAGCAAGCCGUUUAAUCCCAGAGAGGCCGGUGGCCGAGUGUUUGUCUCGCCUGACUACAACCAAAGCAUGGAGCAGCAGAGAGAGAUGACCAUGAAGCGAAUUGCCUACUUGUUGGAUCGUGGGGUUUUCGAAGGUUGGCUUACGGAGAAAGGGGUCGAAGCUGAGUUGAGAAAGCUUGCGUUGCAUGAGGUUAUUGGGAUUUAUGAUCACUCCCUUUCUGUGAAGCUCGGUGUCCAUUUCUUUUUGUGGGGUGGUGCCAUUCAGUUUUUCGGCACAAAGCGCCAUCACGACAAGUGGCUGAGGGACACCGAGAAUUAUACAAUCAAGGGUUGCUUUGCAAUGUCAGAGUUGGGGCAUGGGAGUAAUGUUCGAGGAAUUGAAACAGUCACCACUUAUGAUUCUAAUACUGGAGAAUUUGACAAGGAAAGAUUCAAUAUUGAUCCCCAACUUGGCUAUUAA